UCGCCUCCUCCGCCCCGCGCCCUGCGGUGCGGCAGCUGCAGGCGGCUCCAGCUGCCCCCAGAUGUGGACUGGGAGACGCGCAGGGAAGUUUCGCGCCGGUUGCGAGUGCGGGGCCCGGGCUGCGGUCCGGCUGCCAUGGAUCCGCCGGCGGGUACCUACCGCCGCCUGCUCUGCCUCGCGCUGCUGCUACUGCUGCCGCCGCUUCAGCUGCUGCCGCCAGUGGACGCCCGGCUAGCCGCCGCCGACCCCCCAGGCGGCCCCCUGGGGCACGGAACAGAGCGCAUCCUGGCGGUGCCGGUACGUACUGACGCCCAGGGCCGCUUGGUGUCUCAAGUGGUGUCAGUGAGGAGUGCCGAGGCUGGGGUUCGAGCCCGCAGGGCUGUCCCAGUCCAGACCCCGGGCUUCCCUGGAGCCAGCGAGGACCCUGAAGGCCGACUCUUCUACAAUGUCACGGUCUUUGGCAGAGACCUGCACCUGCGCCUGCAGCCCAACGCCCGCCUUGUGGCUCCCGGGGCCACGGUGGAGUGGCAGGGUGAGUCGGGUGCCACCCACGUCGAGCCCUUGCUUGGGACCUGCCUCUACACUGGAGACGUGGCCGGCCUGACCGAAGCCUCCUCCGUGGCGCUCAGCAACUGCGACGGGCUGGCUGGCCUGAUCCGCAUGGAGGACGAGGAGUUCUUCAUCGAGCCACUGGAGAAGGGGCUGGCAGCGAAGGAGGCUGAGCAGGGUCGUGUGCACGUGGUAUAUCGCCGACCAUCUACCCCCAAGCUCCCUUCUCUGGGUGGGGCACAGGCCCUGGAUACAGGGGCCUCUGCGGGAAGCCUGGAUAGCCUUAGCCGUACCCUGGGCAUCCUGGAGGACCGGAUCAACAGCUCAAGGCGCAGGGCCCGCAGACACACUGCCGACGAUGACUACAACAUUGAGGUCCUGCUGGGUGUGGAUGACUCUGUGGUCCAGUUCCACGGGAAGGAACACGUGCAGAAGUACCUGCUGACGCUCAUGAACAUUGUCAAUGAAAUCUACCACGACGAGUCCUUGGGAGCCCACAUCAACGUGGUGCUGGUGAGGAUAAUCCUGCUGAGCCACGGGAAGUCCACGAGCCUGAUUGAGAUCGGGAACCCCUCUCAGAGCCUGGAGAACGUCUGCCGCUGGGCCUACCUCCAGCAGAAGCCAGACACAGGCCACGACGAAUACCAUGAUCACGCCAUCUUCCUCACACGGCAGGACUUCGGACCCUCGGGCAUGCAAGGCUAUGCUCCUGUCACCGGGAUGUGCCACCCUGUCCGGAGCUGCACCCUGAACCAUGAGGAUGGCUUCUCCUCAGCAUUUGUGGUAGCCCAUGAGACUGGCCACGUGCUGGGCAUGGAGCAUGAUGGGCAAGGCAACCGCUGUGGUGACGAGGUCCGGCUGGGCAGCAUCAUGGCACCCCUAGUACAGGCAGCCUUCCACCGCUUCCACUGGUCCCGCUGCAGCCAGCAGGAGCUGAGCCGCUACCUGCACUCUUAUGACUGCCUGCGGGAUGACCCCUUCGCCCACGACUGGCCAACACUGCCCCAGCUCCCCGGGCUGCAUUACUCCAUGAACGAGCAGUGCCGCUUCGACUUCGGCCUGGGCUACAUGAUGUGCACUGCGUUCCGGACCUUCGACCCCUGCAAGCAGCUGUGGUGCAGCCACCCUGACAAUCCCUACUUUUGCAAGACCAAGAAGGGCCCCCCACUGGAUGGGACCAUGUGUGCACCUGGCAAGCACUGCUUUAAAGGACACUGCAUCUGGCUGACGCCUGACAUGCUCAAACGGGACGGCAACUGGGGCUCCUGGAGUCCCUUCGGCUCCUGCUCACGCACCUGUGGCACAGGUGUUAAGUUCAGGACCCGACAGUGUGACAACCCACACCCAGCCAACGGGGGCCGCACCUGCUCAGGACUCAGCUACGACUUCCAGCUCUGCAACUCCCAGAGCUGUCCUGACAGCCUGGCCGACUUCCGAGAGCAGCAGUGCCAACAGUGGGACCUGUACUUUGAGCACGGCGACGCCCAGCACCACUGGCUGCCCCACGAGCACCAGGACGCCAAGGAGAGAUGCCACCUCUACUGCGAGUCCAAGGAGACUGGGGAGGUUGUGUCCAUGAAGCGAAUGGUGCACGAUGGGACACGCUGCUCCUACAAGGACGCCUUCAGCAUCUGCGUGCGAGGAGACUGCAGGAAAGUGGGCUGUGACGGGGUGAUUGGCUCCAGCAAGCAGGAGGACAAGUGCGGCGUGUGUGGAGGGGACAACACCCACUGCAAAGUGGUCAAGGGCAUGUUCACACGCACACCUAAGAAGCUGGGCUAUGUGAAGAUGUUCGAGAUCCCGGCAGGAGCCAGACACCUGCUCAUCCAGGAGGCAGAUGCGACCGGUCACCACCUGGCCAUCAAGAACCUGGAGACCGGCAAGCUCAUUUUAAAUGAGGAAAAUGACAUCAAUCCCAAUUCCAGAUUGUUCAUCGCCAUGGGAGUAGAGUGGGAAUAUCGGGAUGAAGAUGGCCGGGAGACGCUGCAGACCAUGGGCCCCCUCCGGGGUUCCAUUGCUGUGCUCGUAAUCCCUCAGGGCAACUCCCGGAUCUCACUGACGUACAAGUACAUGAUCCAUGAGGAUUCGCUCAAUGUGGAUGACAACCAGGUCCUGGAAGAUGACUCCACAGGCUACGAGUGGGCCCUAAAGAAGUGGUCCCUGUGCUCCAAGCCCUGCGGCGGAGGGUCCCAGUUCACCAAGUAUGGCUGCCGCCGGAGGCUAGACCUCAAGAUGGUGCACCGAAGCUUCUGUGAUGCCCUCUCGAAGCCCAAAGCCAUCCGCCGGGCUUGCAACCCACAGGAGUGCUCCCAGCCCAUAUGGGUCUCUGGUGAGUGGGAGCCGUGCAGUCAGAGCUGUGGGCGCACAGGCACACAGGUCCGCUCCGUGCGCUGCAUUCAGCCGCUACACAACAACACCACCCGCUCUGUGCACACCAAGCACUGUAAUGAUGCCCGGCCCGAGGGCCGCCGGCCCUGCAACCGUGAGCUCUGUCCUGGUCGGUGGCAAACCGGACCCUGGUCCCAGUGCUCGGUAACCUGUGGCAAUGGCACCCAGGAGCGGCCUGUGCUCUGCCGCACAGCAGAGGGCAGCUUCGGGAUCUGCCGGGAGGAGCGACCUCAGACAGCAAGGAUCUGCAGGCUGGGUCCCUGUUCCGGAAACAUCUCUGACCCCUCCCAGAAGAGCUAUGUGGUUCAGUGGCUGUCCCGACCGGACCCCGAUGCGCCGGUCCAGAAGACUUCGUCAAAGGGCCGCUGCCAAGGCGACAAGUCAAUGUUCUGCAGGAUGGAAGUCCUGUCUCGCUAUUGCUCCAUCCCAGACUACAGCAAGCUGUGCUGCAAGUCCUGUAACCUGCACGGCAACCUCACUGGCACACACAGCAAGGCAGAGCUACCACCUGGGAAGCAUAAUGACAUCGAAGAGCUCACGCCCACCCUCCCCAUCCCCACCCUAGUCAUGGAUGCGCAGCCCCUGCCCAGCACACCCCAAGAGGUGCCUGUCAAUGCCUCCAGCACCAACACCACUAAGGAUCACCCGGAAACCAACGCUGUGGACGUGCCCUACAAAAUCAGUGGCCUGGACAACGAGGUCCAGCCACCCAACCUAAUCCCUCGACGGCCAAGCCCAUACGAGAAGACCAGAAACCAAAGAAUCCAAGAGCUCAUUGAUGAGAUGAGGAAGAAAGAGAUGCUCGGGUAGUUCUAAUAAAAUGGAAAGGCAGCAGCAGUAGCAUUUUUUUCUUGCUUAUAGAGGUAUUCCAUGGGAUGGCAAAUCCUGCGUCAGGGCUUUGACAUCAAAAUUCCUGAGUCCAAAAAGUGUUCAGAGGACAGAGGGAGAAUGGCAGGAGGGUAUAUAUGUUUAUGUACAUGGCUGUGAGCAUGUGACAGCAGGAGAGCCCAUGGGUGCCUGAGCCCCAGAGUGGGCCAGGCCCUCAGCUGGGUUGGGUGUGGCUAGAUGGGAGUGUGGGCUCUGCAGCCUUUCUCUAUGAGGGCAGACGGGCAGGCGACUGCCUCACACAGGCAGAAAUUUGUUUCUGAACAGUAACUGGGACCUUCCUUUCCUCAGAGGUGGUAUUUCCUUCCAAUCCCCAGGCCUGGACAUGAGCCCCAUGGGGACUCUUAGGAGAAACGGUGACUUGUUUACAAACUGACCAGUCAGUUGAGAUGAGCUCAUUGAGGUGGAGGCUGUGACCUCCUGGGCCUUCAAGGGCCAGGCUGGUGGCGAGGGUGAGUGUGACAGCUGGUGUGGGGACCCAGACCGACCUGAGAGACACUAUGAGUCAGUGGCUCAGCGCCACUGCCUCUGGGACAGCUGGCUCUGCUGCCAGACAGCAUGCUUUUUUACUAGUGGCCUAGAUUUCUGUGUGAACAUUCCCAGCCCCUAAUGACCAGUUUAAGGAGGUCUGGGAGUGUGUUAGGGCCUGGAGCUGCUGGUUGCCAAUUAAGGACUCAGGAGAAGCUAUCUGACCUGUUUGGUGCUCACCAGCCAUGCUUAAACAGCUCAGCCUCAUCUCAGCUGUGAAGCUGCCCACUUCUUCCCAGGAAAGCACUGAGAACCCUAUAACCUGGUCUUGAGGAUAGAUCUAAACAGCAGACCAUAUUUUCUGCAGGAGAAGCCAGGGGGGUGCACUCCCAGGUCUCCUCUCCAUAAACUCUGGCCUUGCUGGCCCACUCCAGCCAGCCUGGCCUCAGCCCGAGCUGCCCAGAGAGGCUCCCCCCUUCCCUGAGUGCAGGGGAAGCUGUGCUGCAAAGCCCACUGAAGGGUCGAGGCCCUGGCUCUCCGAGGUGUCAUGCCCGAGGGGCCUGUGAUGGGGCUUGGGUUUGCUCCUGAAGACCAGCCUCCCAGCCUCACUUGUGGGGAUAGGCUUGCCCUGUGGAGCCCCCCAAGACUCCAGUCCUGACCCCAUUUCCAUCCUUAGAAGUUUCAGCAGGGAACUGGAAGAUUUGUCUUCUGAUGGCAGGCAUUGGGUGGGAGGUAGGCAGAGCCUGCUGUACCUUUUGCUGUUCCCAAACUUUAACAACUACUAUUUUCAGCAGAAUAGUGUUUUGUAAGCAAGAUGUGAAUGGGGGAGAAUUGAGCAGGGAGUGGGUGGGGAUGGCUGGGAGGUCAAUGGCUAAUUUUUACCUCUCCCUGCAUUGAUAUUAACAUGCAGUUUAAACUUCCCAAAACUAUCAGACCCUGGGAGCACAUUAGCUCCUUAGCCAACCUUGACACAUAAUUUGUAGGCUUUUCAUAUCCACAAAAGUUCUAGACCUUUUUUAUUCUUGCUAGUCAAAGAUCUUAGAGAAUUCUUUCUUGUCUAAGACCCCAUUAUAUAUAUAUGGAUAAGAAUGCCAAGGCUCAGGAUAACUGUGUGCCAGCUGCUUUGUACUACACUGUGAGGUGCUCCGUCUAUCUGAGCCUGUGCAUGUGUGUGGUAUGUCUGCGUGUGUAGUCUGAGGCACAAAGAAAGGGUGUAGGCCAUGGUGAGAACCAUAUUUGGGAUGAUGCAUAACCAUCCAACUGGAUGAUGCCGAGCCUCCUGGCCCCUGGCACAGCCUGCACCUCCCACCCCCAUCACCAUGUCCCCCCUACACUCACACCCAUUCCAGGGUCUAAAGGUGCUUGCUGGCUUCUAAAAACCAAACUGGAGAAAAUGGAACAUCUCUCCUAGUAUACCUUCUUCUUCAGUAAGAUGGGGACUAAAGCACUUUUGCAGUCCUGUCGCUGUGAUUGGGAAGUGGGCCCCUCUGCCUUCAUUGGUUGAACCCCUAGCAGCUGGCGCUAUUCACAGCCUGAAGCACUGGGUAGUUCUUGCUGGGUUUGUUCUCAAAUGGAAGGAAGUUUGGGAUAACUAACCCUGGCCUGGGGGCCUCAUUGUGGGAACCCUCCAUUCUCAGAUCCCGGCAAAGCAGGACUGCAUGUCUUUGAGCUGGAUAUCUUGUCGAGAGAGGCCUCAGGUCGGGCAUUGCCUAGAGCACCUGUCUUUUGCUGGAAGGAGAGAGAUGCUCUCUGGAAGGUGCAGACCAGCAUGGCCAUGGCCCCACAUGCUAGACUCAGUGACUCGGACCAUGUAUCCAGCGCUCUCCAAAACUAGGCAACCCUCAGAGGUCUCCCUAUCCCAGGAACACGGUGUCACCCAGCUCUGAGAAACUGCACAUCUCCACUGAGAUUGGGACAAUUAGAGAGCAGGCUUAGCAACAGUCCUGAGCUUCCAGAGCCAGCAUCUAUCCCUGUUUUGGGGGCUCCUGACACCGGGGGAGGACAAGCAGGUGUUCCUGCUGAGGUUCACAACACCAUGUGAGACUCAGACACCCUCUGU